AGGGUAGAGUGUUCGCGAAUGGCACGAUGGCGAUGGCGAAGUUUGGAUGGAGAUGGCGGUCGGUUGAGGAAGGCUCGCUCGUGUCUCGUGUUUCGCGGCGGUCACGAGGUCGGCGCGGCAGGAGGGUCGGGGAAAAACAACAGCAACGGGAACGCGAGGAGAGAAGUACAGCAAAGCAAAGCACACCUAAACGAAUGUGAGGUGGAUGCUAGGGAAGAUGGGUUGGGAGAAGGGAAUGGUGAUGAUGAUGAGGACGAUGAGCAGCAGCACACGUCUCGAGUGGUACAGGCGUGGACGGCGAGGGAGAGAGAAAAGCAAUGGAAGCAGGGCGCCAAGGAACGGGUUCGCAGAGAUGGGCGCCCGUCAAAUUAGCCUUUGCCGCUAAUGCCAGGGCAGGAACGAUGGGGAAAGAAAGGGGAGCGACACGCGUGAUUGGCCUCGCGUCCGCGCCGGCCCAACUCUAUCCCUCCCGCCCAAUCCACGCCGGCCGUCUCGCGGAUGAAACACAUCGUCAAGAGGCCUCGCGCCCUCAAAUCUUCCACUCUUCCAAGCCCGCCCGCAUCGUCUCAAACGCACAGCAGUCUCGCGAAUGCUGUCUACUGCAUACUCGCUCUAAUCGCAGACAAUGCGAGCCACACAAGCAAGGCGUCCGCACUGUCCACCCCAGCGACAAUAAUAACCGCGCCUCAUGGGCCAACCCUGGCCACCACCCUCGCUCGCUGGCGAAAUGCUCAUUUCCCAAAACGGAAGAAAGAGGAGCCCGGCGAGGUGACGGCGCCCGAAAGUGCGUGAUGGCCACGCUGCACCGCCCGGGACGAGCUGCCGUUGCCUUCAAUGUUCCCACUCCCAUGAGUCUAUUCCCAAUUUACAGCCAUCCGUGGGCCUGUAAUUAGUCCAUUUGUUACCCUUUGAUUAGCCAGGCCCCCAAGAGAAAUAACCUCCGGCUGGCCUGGGAGGUACGCGUCGGCUUACUGUGGCUUGAUAACAAAGACGCGUUUGUUCCUUCGGCUUCGAUUGGGAAGGGUUUAGCUUGCUCAUUCCUUGCUUUCACGCAAGUGACUACCAGAUACGCUUGAGCAGGGCAGGACAUAUCGCUCUUCACAGAAUGCAUAUGCUGGCCAUG